AUGGCACAAUACGCAGCUCAAUCCGAGCGUCUUUGGUUAGAGCCAAUGACCAUAGAGAAACAUCUCGAUGGCUAUCACAAAAUGCUCUCUGAUCCGGGAGCGAAGUCAUGGACAAAACCAAGCGAGUCCCUCGCGGAGAGUAAAGCAUAUAUGGUUGAAAGACUACCGAACCCCGAAAAGCCGUGGAUUGAGAACUAUGCAAUUCUACUUCGGCCGACAACACCUACCCCCGCCGACCAAAAGCCUGAGCUCAUUGGCGCAAUUGGAACGAUAAGAUUCGAAGCUGGGCACGGCGCAGAGGUUGGUUAUGGUAUACACACUGGUUACCAUGGCAGAGGAUUUGCUACUGAAGCUAUGAAGCUAUUUUUGGGGUUAUAUUGGAGUAAAGAGAGAGAAGGGGAUUGGAACACAUUGGUAGCGGCUAUAGACCCCGAGAAUGUUGUCAGUCAGAGAGUUGUAGAGAAGGUAGGCUUCAAAGAAGGAGACCUUCAGGAUGAAGAACACGAAAUGUGGACCAAAGGGGGCAAAGAAAAGAAACUUGUGAGGCACAGAGAAUGGUUGCUAUCGAGACCAGUGUGA